UCUCUCCAAAACCCUUGUGCUCGUCGACUCGUCGUCUUGUCCGUGCUCACCUCUUCGCUCCUCUCCAUCUCCCCACCGGCCACCGCCAUGCCUUUCGAUUUCCCAUGGCUCAACAAAGCCGCCUCCACCUCGACCCCAAACCCUAGCCUGAGCAAGCCCAACAAUCCAAACCCCUUCCUCCCCAUCCAGACCCACCUCACCUCCUUCCUAUCCUCCCUCCCCCUCCCACGGGCCAUUGCGCCGCCAUGGGCUCGCAUCCCCUCCCCAUCUUCGUCGGCGGCGCUGCCAGUCGCCGAGAUCGAGGACCGGCUCGCCGGGGUGCCCGUGUACGCCCUCGCUAACUCCGCGCAGGAAUUUAUGCUCGUGUCGAAAACCCACAGGGGCGGGGGAGGGGAUGUGGCCGGCGGUGUGGGCGGAAGCGCGAGGCAUCCACCAGCGCUCGGGAUGCUCUGCUUCCGGAGGGAGGACGCCGAUAUGCUCCUCGCACAAAUGGACGACGAUAUGCGCGCUGGCUCCACCGUGGUACCUGUUGCGCUCAACAAGGUUAUCCAACUGAAGUCUGAUGGUGUGGCAUUUAGAUUUCUUCCUGAUCCUUCUCAGGUGGCUAAUGCAAUUAAGUUGAUGCAAGAUGGAGGGGAAUUUUUGAAUGAGGGAUUUCCAGGAGUUCCUGUUUUCCAGUCAAGGAGCCUUGUUCUGAGGAAUGAUAACAAGAGAUAUCGUCCAGUUUUCUUCAGAAAGGAGGACUUAGACAAGUCACUGCACCGAGCAUCUAGUGACCAGCAAAAUCCUAUCCCUGCUGUUAGGAUUGGUGACACACAGGUUUGUUCUUUGGAGGAUAUCAUCACAUCAAUGAAGGAUAGCUCCUCCUCAAAAUGGGAUGAUGCCGUUUUUGUUCCUCCAGGUUUCGACAUAGCUAUUGGCUCAGAGCCAUCACACCUCAACAAGUAGAUAUUUCUGUACAUUGAGGGUGGUCAGCUGGUUGCCAUUCCCUGCGUUAGCAAUACGUUCCGCAAAGUAGACCAGAAGGUGAACAAACCUCAUCGAAAGUAGACCAGAAAGUAAAUCGAUCGUCAUCCCUUGUUUCUUCUAUGCAUAAUAUCGAAAUUCUGUAUGUACUGUGCGUCGCUCACGAGUUUGGCGUCAGCAACUUUGCAGAGGCAAUGUUUCCCAGGUGUUCACCGUGAAUGAUGUGAAUGGAUCUAGCUAGGCCAGUUGCACAAGACUCCUUUGUGCAGUCAAUUUAAUACUCCCUCCGAUCCAUGUUGUACUAAAUCAGCAACAAUUGAUAAUUAAUAUGGAUAGGAGGGAGUAUAAUGAACAGUAAUUAUGAUAUACAAACUUCUAUCUGAAUAAAUAAUCAUGAAUUCAGGUUUCCUCA